AUGUCUCCUUCGACCACCACCCCCCUCGCAGCUCCUGUUGCUGCUUCGACUCCUGUUGUUGCAGAUAAGGAUGCUCGUUCGGUGGUGACUGUGUCAGCCGCGCCCAGUGUCAAAGACCAACGGGCCUACGAGCAUGACCGUCAGCGGGUGAAGAAGGCCGCAGACUUGGUCAAGAUGAGGGCCCUCAAGGGGCAACGCGGCUGGGCAGCGUUAGCAAAGGGCGACACGUAUACCUCUUCGCGCAAGAACGCAUUCCAACCUGGCUCUGAGAAGACCAAAUUACUCAGGCCAGAGGAAGUCGACCUGCUGGAGGACGAGCCAGUCUACCAUGCCGCCAAAGUCGCGUCAUUCGGCGGGAUAACACCGGACCCAACACAGCCCAUCCAGUUGAAACUGGGUGACCUGAUGACAACAUUCCGCAAGCCUCGCAAGGCCACAGCGAGCGAUUUUGUCGUCAUCCCUCCUCGUUCGGUCAUCCCUCUUGAUGAUAUGAUGCCCCGUGACCUUAUCGUUGAAGAACCUUGGGAGCAUAUUUAUGGCGUCGAUGAUGAGUCUGGUGCAAAUACCACGACCAAGGCGCCGUCGUACGCUCAAGUCCUAAUGAACAUCAAAUAA